AUGUCCAAAGGCCGCGUCUGUCUCGCCUACUCGGGAGGUCUCGACACGAGUACGAUCCUGAAAUGGCUCAUCAAUGAGGGCUACACCGUCGUCUGCUUCUUGGCCAACGUCGGCCAAGAGGAGGACUGGUCUACCGUUGAGAAGAAGGCCAAGCAGCUAGGAGCUGAGAAAAUGGUCAUCCUCGAUCUGCAGAGGGAAUUCGUCGAAGAGAUCUGCUUCACUGCCAUCCAGUGCAAUGCCAUCUACGAGGACCGGUACCUUCUUGGUACCUCACUCGCUCGCCCCAUCAUUGCUCGCGCUCAAGUCCGUGUUGCUGAGGAGAACAACUGCGAGUUCCUCAGCCACGGCUGUACCGGCAAAGGUAACGACCAAGUCAGAUUCGAGCUAGCAUUCCUGGCUUGCAACCCAUCGCUGAAGAUCAUUGCACCUUGGCGACUACCCGAGUUCAUCGAGAAAUUCCAGGGACGCCAGGACCUGUUGAAAUACGCCUCCGAGAACAACAUCCCCGUGUCAUCGACCCCGAAAACACCUUGGAGCAUGGAUGACAACCUAGUCCAUUGCAGCUAUGAAGCUGGCAUCCUGGAAGACCCGAACACCACCCCACCGAAGGAACUAUGGACUCGUACUGUCGACCCGCUCGAUGCUCCUGACAAGCCUACCGAGUUCACCGUCCACUUCGAGAAGGGUAUCCCUACCAAGGUCGUGGUCGCUGGAAAGGAGACGACUGGCUCUGUUGAACUCUUUAAGCUCCUCAACAAGAUCGGACAUGACAAUGGUGUCGGCCGCAUUGACAUUGUCGAGAAUCGCUUCAUUGGUCUAAAGAGCCGUGGCUGCUAUGACACACCUGGUCUUACUAUUGCUCGACUUGCCCACCUUGACCUCGAAGGUCUGGUCAUGGACUCGAGGGUUCGUGAGCUCCGUGAUCAGUUCGCCACUCUGUCCUGGUCGCGCCAGCUGUACAACGGCAUGUACUUCAGCCCCGAGCGUGAGUUCAUCGAGAACAGCAUCAAGUUCUCCCAGGAGAACGUGACUGGUGAGGUCCGAUUGAUGGCGUACAAGGGCAACACAUACGUGCUGGGCCGAAAGAGCGAUGCAAGCAACCUCUACUCCGAGGAGGAUGCUUCCAUGGACUCGCUGGAGGGCUUCUCGCCAAUGGACACCACCGGGUUUAUCCAGAUCAACGCCAUCCGCCUCAAGAAGUACGGUCUUCAGAAGAUCAAGGAUGGUCAGCCCUUGAGCAAGUCUUGA